UAUUUUCGCGGCAAAGGCGGCGUCGUACCACAGGAGCGUCAUGCCAGUUGACACUGUCGAACGCCAGAAAGGCGUCAUGGCGAGAGCCGUGUCGCAGUCAUGGACAACUUGAGAGAGCAGCCGGUUCAGGUUCAAAUUCUGGCGAGCGACGCCCAAUAUAAGGAGCAGUACAAUGAGUCUGUUGGAGGGCUGCCGCUUCCAGAGUUCUGCAUGCCAGGCCGGGCACGAAGCUGUUGUAUAAAGUCGAUGGGAUCGUCAUGGACUUGUCGUUGUUGUUUCCUUGCCUGGCUGCAGCAGCGCUGUCGCUUCGCCGAAGAUGUCGGAGAAGACAAUGUCGAGCAAAGCUGUGUUUCGCGACGGCACCUCAACUUGGUUCUGCUUCAACCCCUUCUUGAUGGCGUUCUAAAGCUUGGUAUCUUUAUUGUUGCUCCUGAGCAGGGACUUGUUGAGAGAAUAAAAAAAUCCAGCCUUCGGGAGGUGUUCACGCAGAAGCCAUCUAUUUUUUUUAGUUUUCUAGAAUUUGUUGCGUGGGAUAGGCUUCGGAGCCUGCAACUUCUGCAGCCGGCUCGGGCUCAAAGGAUGUCGGCUUCACAACGCGUCUGUCUUGCGCAUUGUGGCCAUACUUGCGUUGAGGCUUCCCAUGCAUUUUGUUGCCGCCCAUGGUGAUGAUUUGGAGAAGGAGUGGUCUCUUCGCAACGAUGGUUUCGAAGGUGGUGGACUUCGAGUCGGCGGUAGAGACGGCGAUGGUGGGUGAGCGCGGCGGUGGGCGAGAGUUCAAGAGCCUGAAGAGGCGGGCCGGAG